AUGAGAAUCAAUACAAGAUAUCAUCAAAUGGUUGCCAUCGGUUGCGAUCGCUGUGCCGACCAGUCUUUGGCUCAACAGUUAAAGUGCGUCCACGACCAGUCGGUGGAAACACAGUGUCAGCACAGGUUCUGCUACGAGUGUCUCAGUCGAUGGAUCAGCGCAUCCAAUGACGACACACUCUGUCCGCAAUGUAGGCGUCAAUUGACCGCCGAUUGGAUGACCGAUUGGGGCGCCGACAGCGGCGGUAAUGCGAUGACAAUCGGUGGUCGAGUUUUGGUUGUCAAGAAUCGUAUACUCAAUGAAAUCGUCGCUCAACUGAAGAUACGCUGCGAUUACGAGCGCAACGGAUGUCACGAGUUGUGUCCGCUGGAGUCACUGUCGGCACACAUCGAGUCGUGUCCGCACCGGUUGUGUCCGACGUGUGAGCUCUCUAUCAGCGGUCAGUCGCCCGACGAACACAACUGUAUCGACGAACUGAAGGCAGAGAGUAAUAAAUGGCAACAAAAGAGUAAAGAGUUUGAAAGCGAAUGCAAUUCUUUGCGAUCGGCGGCCAAGGAGUUGGCCUCAAAGGCCGGCGAUUCGUCAAACACGCGCCGGGAGUCAACCGGCGAUUGUGGGCUGAGUGGACACCCUUUAGACAAUGGGACGGGUAAUGUCGAUAAUAUGCCAACGAUUAAAUGUGUGGCCGUCGGCGACCGAGUUGUGAAUAAAAUGACCCUAUUUUUAAAGUUUGCGGUCGACUAUUCUAUGCCAUACGGUGGUGACUCCAGUGAGAUGGGUGUGGAGAUCGAUGGAAAGACUGUCAAACUCGCCCUCUCCACCAUUAAUCACGACAAAAGCCAACUUCGGUUCCUAACCUAUCUAAUGAAGGCG